CAAAACUUGAAGAAUCGAAUAAUUACACACGCUGAGUUUACGACGAUCGCAAUAUUAUGUUGGAUAAAUGUUCAUAGCUUUAACCCGGACAUUCCUGUGACAUUGUGCAUGGUCUUUCAUUGUGUUAACAUAACUAUCGUGGGCGAAUCGUGAACCGCAUUUUGUGAUAAAGAUGGCUUCCCAGCACUCGGGUAUACUACAGCAAGUGGAGAAUUUUGAGAUUCUUCCGGAAGCAGUUACUUUACAAAAUGAGGGUGAUGAUGUACAUAUUGAAAAGGCUGUUGAGGCUAUGAUGCAACUUUCUCCAGUACAAAUACAACAAGAGUACUAUGAAAAUUUAGGCGACUGCGACUGGGUGAAGUAUGAGAAAAGUAAUAGAAACUAUUUGCUACAAAAUGUAGCAUUUGCUCUUUUUGGUGGUCCAAGCUAUGAAGGUGAACUUUCAGAAGUUGAGGACGAUCAGCACGCACAUCUUGAAGGAUAUACUUCGAGACAAAAGGAACAAGUCAUGAGAGUAUAUGAAAAAUUAUGUGAACAAAGUAAAUAUUCCCACAAUGACGAUGACAUAGUAAUGUCUGUGCUUCUGAUUGUGUGUGCUAAACCAAAACCUCUGAAGUUCUAUCAGAUACAACCGUCAAACUACUGGUUGGACUUGCAUGAAAAAACUGACAGUGAUAUAUGGUGCACUGCGGUAUUCAGAGUCAGAAAGUGCAUACCUACAACUGUUGGAAUGAAGUCGUGCCGAGUCUACAUCGAUGAGAAUGCCCGAGUAUAUCACGACUGGGACUCGUACCUAACAAACAAUACUCUGCCAAAAUGUGUCAUUAUUGUGCCUGAAAAUGGAGAGUACACUGGAACCCUAAUAGAGGGAGACGAAACUUUCGCAGUAAAAUUGACAGUGGCACCUUCUCCGACGCUCGGUAUAAAAGCGCGGGUGCUAAGCACAGUCGACACGGCUAGCACAGUGGCUUCUAUCGGUGCUAUUGGAGUUAUUGGGGUGGCAGCUUUCACUCCAGUAGCCCCGGUCGUGCUGGUGGGUGCGGCGGCUGCUACGGUAGCCACCGGGGUCUACGGCCUUGUACGGUCCUCUCUUCACUUACAUGAUAGAAGUGUUCAUGAACAGACCAUCAGUCCGACAGACGCUGAAGCUCGAGGUAGUUGGUUGAACAUCGCGGCGUCGAGUGUAGGCCUGGCCGCCGGCGCCGCUAGCUCGCUUCUCUCCCGGUCCGCUGCCGCCGGCACCAAUAUGACAAAGACAGGACAAGCGCUGGCUGUGUCUGUGGAAGUAUUACGUCACGCAAACAUGGUCACCGGUGGCGCGGGCGUCGUCAACAGUCUCCUUCAUAUUAUACUGAAAUACCGCAAACAUGGAGAGAAGCCGACUAAGUUAGAAUUGUUCCAAUUCGCGUCGGCGACUUUGUUCUUCUGUCACGCCGUAGUGUCAAACCGAACGGCCCAGAGUAUUAUAGAGGAUGCUCAGGCUAAAGCGAUCAACGAGUACCGGGCCACUCUUAGGAGCAAUAGACACAGAAAAAUGUUCGACAAGAUCAGCGCUGAAUCGAGAAGGAUACAAGGUGCCAUACAAGGCAACACGGAAGUCAUUAGAGGCAUUCAGAACAUCAUCGACAAAGACCAGUACUUCGCCGACGUGCUCCGAAUCAACAAAGAUGUCAACCAACACAAGCUCAGAAUAUCCAUGACCUCUGAUGGUCAGGUUAACUUGAACUCCCAGCACAAAUUCAACCCUGCAGAGCUCUAUAACCUUGGUAAGGAAGGAAGGGCACAACUGUUCAGUUCACUUGGACCAGCCUCUGUCAACACAAAUAAUGUACCAACACGGAUUAUGCCAACAACGAAUGCCGUCUCAGGUUACAUAGAAGGCGAGGAAGAAACAACACUAGUAGGAAUUCACCCCGGUGAAAUACUAAGAAUUGGAUCACUACUAGUGAGAGUAAGUGCGUCUGGCGCCGAAAAUGUAGCUCUUAUGUUAGAAAAUUUAAGCCAAGAUGUAUACGCCAACUUGAUGACUAUAUCCUUCAAUGUAUUAUCCAAACUCCUUCCUGAAGACAUUGCCAGGCUGAGGCUGUUGAGUCCCGAAGAAGAUCUAAUCGUCCAAAUAGUUAAGUUUGUAUUCAACUAUAUGAAGCACGAGAGGCCACUGGGCGACCCGAGCAGAGAUAACGACAAUGGCAUCGUAAUAGUGCUCAAAGAGUUCUUCCAAGAAGGUGUUGUUCGUCAAGAAACAAUUUUAUAUUUAAAAGAUCGUUUGUUAGGAUGGGUCGACGGUGAAAUGGAUCGCAGAAGGCUAGAAUUUCCGAACAAAAAGUCAAUUGUAUGUGAAAGUUGUAGGGGUAUAAGAUAUGCUUAAGAAUUAAUAUUUUUGAGAUCAAUUUUUUAUUGUCUUGUUCUACGAAAAUACUGUUUCAUAUUUUCUGUGUACUAAAACUAGGUAAAUAUUUAUUCAGUGGCUUAAAACAUAAUAUCUUGUAUUUACCCAGUGUGAAAAAGGUAUCUAUUAUUAUUAAAUUGUAGAAAGCUUAACCAAAUAGCCCAUUGAAGGGAUUUUAGAUUUUAGGCACUCAAUCAGAUCUUGCUAAGAGUACUAUUUUUCUAUUAUUUAAUUCAAUAAGACGAUCUGGAUAAAUGACAAAAUUAAAAUAAUGUCUUCAUAACUUAACCUACAGACUGGUAUAAUGCCAUUAUUGUCCUUAUAAGUAUAUUAUUAAACACAAUUCGUGUAAUUAAGCUUCGAUUAUACACUUAUAUAAUAUUUACCUUUUAUAAGUGUUUUAGAACAUUGCACAUAAUUUACUAGUAAAAUCACUUUUAAAAACAUUGAAAAUCAGACAUAUCAGAAAAGUCCAAAUAUUGUACGUUAGGGAUAAGUACUCAUAAGGCUUAAUUUGUAUUGCUUUUUAAUAAAAUAUCGCAGUACCAAGUGAAAGUUAAAGAUAUUUAUAUAAACAUGUGAUAGAUUAUGCACUGUGAUAACAUAACUGAUUGCUUAUUAGGAUUUACGAAAUAUUACUGCACAAGAUUAUAGUGCCUUUUGAAUUAAAAUCUCAAGAAAUGUGUACUUAAAUACAGACAAUGUGAUUAGAUAGAGAUAUUACUGAAAAUUAUAGAUGCCAUGGAAAAUCACUGUAAAAAAAUAUAAAAUCGUAUAUUGUUGGAGAGCUUGCCUACCUAAGUUCUAUUUUAUCACAAAAAUAAAAUAGUCACAACGGAGAAACUCACAGCUAGAUAGUACCUUCCUAUCCAGAUUUAUCACUUUGGCUGUAAUAUGUACACAAAUAUUAUACAUAUAGUAUAUAAAUGAAAAUAAACAAACUAUGUAAUGUUGUUAUAAUAAACUAUCUGAUUUAGA